UUGAGUAAGAGCACACGCGAGCACAUGUGCAAGGCAGCAGCCUCCCAUAGGUCCUGACGGAGAAAUAAAAACACUUAACACGACAUGCCCAAGGGGACUCGUUUGAGGCUGAGCCGCGAACAAGUUGUCCUACUGGUACGAAUCACAAUAUGCCAACUUGUUCUCCUUCGACGCUUAUAGUCGCGAUGGUAAUGGUAAUGAAGACGGCACGUUGAAUGUCAGUAAUUCCUUAAAAAGUUAUUUUGAAGGAAAAUUCUAGCUGCAUUACACUUCCACGCUUUCAAGAAAAGAACAAAUAAUACAAUGUAUGAGUGCUGCCACUAGCUUAUAUAUGUGUGAUUUGCGUGUACUGCUUUUAUUUCUAUGACAAAGUUUAACCACCGACCAGGAAUUGUUGCGUCUGGCCGCAAGGAGUUGUGCCUCGUCCUGUUGCGCCACCUCAGCACCGCGUGAAGAUGAACAGCUCCUUUUUCAACCAGACGAUCCUGACGCACGGCGUGUUCUUCAACAGCAGCCAGGACCUGGCCGGUACUCUCGUCGGCUGCUGCAACGGGAGCGACCUGGCCACAAACGACGGUUCUCUGGUUCUGCCUCCGGACGAGCGGAAACUCUUUAUCAUGCGGGUAGUGCAGAUUGCAGUUCUGUGCGUCCUGUCACUGACGGUCAUUUUUGGCAUUUUCUUUCUCGGCUGCAACCUCAUGAUAAAAUCAGAGAGCAUGAUAAACUUUCUUGUAAAGGAAAGAAGACCCUCUAAGGACGUGGAAGCUGUUAUCAUCGGGCUCAACUAAGCGCCGUCAAGGCGUUGCACGUUUUUCGCAGACACCUGUUCCAGGGGGUUACCACCAGACCAGUUUUUGGUCAUAAGUGCGGCUUUUUGCAUUUCAUUCGGCUUGAUUUCGUUUCAGAUAUGAAAACAAAUCAAGUCGUUAAAAAAUCAGUCAGUCAUGCAGUUGUCUGACUGGGUGCUUCAGAUUUCAUUGAGAAAAGUUUGUGUGCAGCGAAUUUUGAAUGUAUUAUAAUUUUACAGUUUAAUAUGCACUUUGGAAGAAAAAAUGUUCUCAUCACAUGAAGGGGGAAGGCAACUGAUGUUAGACUUUGUAAAAAAAAAAAAACACCCUCCUCUUAAAUUGUUGACUGUAUAAAGAUAAAGAAAUGUUUACACGUUUUUAUCUUGAGACCUUAAUUCGUGUUUGCUGUAUUUUUUACAUGUGUAAACAAGACAGGUAAUAAUGCAUGCUAAGUCAUGUGCAUCGAAUGAAUCCAUACGGCAGUAUAAAUUGUGGAUGUAUUCUAAAGACUGUGUUUCUUAUUUUCAUGGUUCAGUUUCAAUAUGCACUCUGGGGGAAAGGGCACGUGCUCGUUUAUCAGUUCAGCAUGUUACGCUUUUUUAACGGAUGUUUUCCACAGAGAAGCAUGCGCGGUGCGUAUUCAUUUGAGGUUGAUUUAAACUUCACUGUUUUUGCACAUUUAUGAUAUUAAAAAUGCUGCAUGACUUUCAUACGAUAAAAAACUUGAAUGAUAUGUGCAUCGUACUUUAAAGAUAGAGUUUUAAUCGGCCACUCGUUACUUGCUUGUAACCAAAUGAAGUCGAAUUCUAUUUGUUUUUAGUUGUAUUCAUUCAUUUAAUGAGUUCCCAUUGAAAAUACCAAUAUUUCAAUGAAACUGAAUGAAACAGAGGUUCAUGCAAAGGUUUCAUGUCAUCAUUUUAACCAUUGUAAGCAUGCCAUUAACGUUUAUGAAACUAUGCAACUGUGGAAAUAAACUGGAAUAAACCAAUCACUUAUCAUUAUUAGCGUUCACUUUUUAAUUAAUAAGCAGAAGAAUAUUAAUGACCCUUACGCACAAUCGCCAACAUAGUAUGACUGACAGUCCACUGCCGCAUAGGAAAUGUUCCUCCUAAAUGCGUAAAACAAAUAUGUUAGUUUGACUGCCAUUUAAUUUGAAUGAGCGAUGAUACCUUUGCGUCAUGUAACUAUCACUUGUUUUUACUGCAAUUUUUUGUUUCUAAGAUGGAUAAUCUAAUAUAGAACAACAAGACACACACGGAAUGCCAUUCCACUCGCCCAGAAUACACGAGUGGGUUUUGUGUACCAAAAUAUAAUAAAAUCUU